AAUGCCACUUGUGAAUGAAUUGAUCAGAUUAGGAUGAAUCACUGGCUGGCCAAUAGCGAUUGGAAUUGUUUUGUUAUUACAAAACGUGACAGGCUAGACCUGCCCAGCCAUCGUUGCUGAUGCUCAUUUGUAAUGCUGUCUUGAGGAGAUGAGGAGAUGAGAGCAAAUUGUUCCAGCAGCUCAGCCUGCCCUGCCAAUAGUUCAGAGGAAGAGGUGCCUGGGGGUCUGGAGGCACAUGGGAACCUGGAACUUGUUUUCACAGUGGUGUCGGCGGUAAUGAUGGGUCUGCUCAUGUUCUCUCUGGGAUGCUCUGUGGAGAUCCAGAAGCUCUGGUUGCACAUCAGAAGACCCUGGGGCAUUGCCGUGGGACUGCUUUGCCAGUUUGGACUCAUGCCUCUGACAGCCUAUCUGCUGGCCAUCGGUUUCUCUCUGAAGCCAGUCCAAGCUAUCGCUGUGCUCAUCAUGGGGUGCUGCCCUGGGGGGACCAUCUCCAAUGUCUUCACUUUCUGGGUUGAUGGAGAUAUGGAUCUCAGCAUCAGUAUGACAACCUGCUCCACAAUGGCUGCUCUGGGAAUGAUGCCCCUCUGCCUUUAUCUCUACACCUGGUCCUGGCAUCUUGAUCAGAAUCUCACCAUUCCAUAUCAGAACAUAGGAAUUACCCUUGUGAGUCUGACCAUUCCUGUGGCCUUUGGCAUCUAUGUGAAUUAUAGGUGGCCUAAACAAUCAAAAAUCAUUCUCAAGAUCGGGACCAUUGUUGGUGGGGUCCUCCUUCUGGUGGUCAUGGUUGCUGGAGUGGUGCUGGUGAAGGAAUCUUGGAAUUCAGAUAUCACCCUUCUAAGCAUCAGUUUCAUCUUCCCUUUGAUUGGCCAUGUCACUGGCUUUCUGCUGGCACUCCUUACCCACCAGUCUUGGCCAAGGUGCAGGACGAUUGCGCUGGAGACCGGUGCUCAGAACAUCCAGAUGUGUACCACCAUGCUGCAGCUGUCCUUCUCUGCGGAGCACCUGGCCCACAUGUUUUACUUCCCGCUGGCCUAUGGGCUCUUCCAGCUGCUCGAUGGAUUCCUUCUUAUCGCAGCGUAUCAGGCAUGCAAGAGGAGACGGAAGCGCAAAGACAGGAGGAAGCCCCCAGCCUGCACAGUGGCCCACCACGAGAAGGAGCCCAGGGAGACCGGUGCUUUCCUGGAGGGCAAUGAAGAAGCUGCUGUAACUCUUGGGCCACCAGAGCCCACGUGCUGCCAUGGGGCCCUUGAGCCAACUGGCCGCAGCACUCCUUGUGAACAGGAGGGACUUGCUGGCCGGUAAAGGUGGUGCAGACUGGUCCAUGCAUCUGGUUGGCAGGGCUGUGUGGCCGUGUAAGGGUAAAUGUCAGAACAGUUACGUUUUUGCCUGGAUUGUGAGCUGUGCUAGGAGACUCUCUGAGCAGGUGGCCUCCCACGCACAAGCUCUUCCGGGGGUUGGCACAUGUGCCAGCUGCUGCAAGGGUUCUUGUCUUCCAAGCAGUGAGAAGUGCCCGGCAGUAAUGGCCUUCACCAUGUGAAGCGGGCCUCGUGGCCUGGAUCUUAAUCCACGAGUUAGGACUCUGGAGGAGAUGUCACCUCCCCUUGCAGGGCCAGGCAGAACCGGGAUCCCCGAGACUUCUUGGCUUUGGCCAGGUGCUUUGGUGCAUGAGGGAAGAAACAUGCAGCUUUUGUGAAAAAGGGGCUUAUCUGAGUGUGAGUUUUGAAAGUUUGUGUCUGUUUUGAUGAUAGAUGUAAUACAGGAUUAGAGGGAAUUUAACAAAAACAAGAGGUUAAAAAGUGAGGGUCCUGUACCUUCACUCCCUAGACAGACACACAGAUGUCCCUUGAAUCUACACAUGCAUGCUGAAUCAUUCCCAGACAUCGAGAUUGUUCCCUACACACUGCUUUGCAGGUCACUUGGUGACAUAUUCUGGAAUGUCUUUACAUGUCAGCCUGUG